AUGCCUCGAAAGUGGAUCGACAAAAAGUCAGCACAGCACUUUACGCUGGUGCACCGACCGCAGAAUGACCCCCUCAUCCACGACGAAAAUGCGCCUUCAAUGGUGCUUAACCCUACCCAGACCAAGAAGGGAUCUUCCAAGUCAAAGGACUUAGACGACCUCGCCUCCGAGCUCGGUUACGAAGCCGAGGGUGUCCGCGCGAACGAGGGUGAGGCAGCCAGCUAUGGCGUCUACUACGACGACACCGAAUACGAUUACAUGCAACAUCUGCGCGAUCUCAACACUGGUGGCGGAGAGGUUGUGUUCGUUGAGUCUUCAGCCUCCGCAAACAAGGGCAAGGGAAAGCAAAAGCAGUCGCUCGAGGAUGCGUUGAAGAAGAUGGAUAUCGAGCAAAGUGCAGAAGAUAUUCUCGACGAAGAUAUGUUGCCGUCCAAGAACCUUACAAGGGCCACAUAUGAGGCCCAGCAAGACAUUCCUGAUUCCCUCAAGGGAUUCCAGCCCGAUAUGGACCCUCGUCUCCGAGAAGUUCUCGAGGCUCUGGAAGAUGACGCAUUCGUGGAUGAAGACGAUGACAUCUUCAAGGAGCUGGCCAAGGAUGGCCGAGAGCUGGAAGACUACGAAUUUGAUGAGGCAGGAUUUGACGAAGACGAUGGCUGGGAGUCGGAUGCCACAGCAAAGCCUACUAAGGAGUUCAAGGACGACGAUGUGCCCCAGCUUGUGAAGCAGAUGGAGCAGCCCGAAGAGGGCCCCUCUCAAGACUGGCUCGAGGAUUUCAAGCAGUUCAAGAAGGAGCAGAAGGUCACCAAAGCACCAGUUGCACCAUCACAGUCCGAGAUGCAGUCGAUGUGGACAACUACCACCAACGGUGGCCGCCGCAAGAAGAGAAAGGGUGCCCUUACCGACAACUCAAGUUACUCCAUGACAUCCUCUUCGUUAGUGCGAACUGAGCAGAUGACUCUCUUGGACGCAAGAUUCGACAAGAUUGAGGAGGCAUACAAUGAGGACAUGGAUGAUGACAUGCAGUCAGUUUCUGCUGUGUCUACCAUGUCAACCGUUCAGGGGCCCCUCCGCAGUGACUUUGACGGCAUUAUGGAUGAUUUCCUUGGAAACUUUACCAAGCCUGGAAAGAGAACGAACAAGAAGAACAAGGCUCAAACAGGCCUUGAGCAGCUGGAUGAGAUCCGACAGGGAUUGGGACCUGCUCGAAUUCGAGGUCGCGUAAGGUAA